CUUCUCGCGACGGAGUCUACCGGCGGCAGUGUUUCCCGGUGACAGUGCCCGGGCACAGAGGCUAUGGGCAGUCAGGAGGUUCUGGGCCAGGCGGCCCGGCUGGCCUCCUCCGGUCUGCUCCUGCAGGUGGUGUUUCGGUUGAUCACCUUUGUCUUGAAUGCAUUUAUUCUUCGCUUCCUGUCAAAGGAAAUCCUUGGCAUAGUGAAUGUACGGCUAACACUGCUUUACUCGACCACCAUCUUCCUGGCCAGAGAGGCCUUCCGUAGAGCAUGUCUGAGUGGGAGCACCCAGCGAGACUGGAGCCAGACCAUCAACCUCUUGUGGCUAACAGUCCCUCUGGGUGUGUUUUGGUCCUUGUUCCUGGGCUGGGUCUGGCUACGGUUGCUUGAAGUGCCUGACCCUAAUGUCGUCCCCCACUACGGAGCAGGAGUGGUGUUGUUUGGUCUCUCAGCUGUGGUGGAACUUCUGGGAGAACCCUUCUGGGUCUUGGCACAAGCACAUAUGUUUGUCAAGCUCAAGGUGGUUGCUGAGAGCCUGUCGGUUAUCCUCAAGAGUGUGUUGACGGCUUUCCUCGUGCUCUGGCUGCCUCACUGGGGACUGUACAUUUUCUCUUUGGCCCAGCUUUUCUAUACUGCGAUUCUGGUGCUCUGCUAUGUUACAUAUUUCAAAAAGUUACUGGGUUUCCCAAAGUCAACCAAGCAACAGGCUCUUCCUGUCUCCAGAAUGACAGAUCUGUUACCCAAUAUUCUGAGAAGUAGAGCUUUUAUAAAUUGGAAAGAAGCUAAAUUGACUUGGAGUUUUUUCAAACAGUCUUUCUUGAAACAGAUUUUGACAGAAGGGGAACGAUAUGUGAUGACAUUUUUGAACGUUUUAAAUUUUGGCGAUCAGGGUAUAUAUGAUAUCGUGAAUAAUCUUGGCUCCCUUGUGGCCAGAUUAAUUUUCCAGCCAAUAGAGGAGAGUUUUUAUAUAUUCUUUGCUAAGGUGCUAGAGAGAGAAAAGGACGCCACCCUUCAGAAGCAGGAGGACAUUGCUGUGGCUGCUGCAGUUUUGGAGUCUCUGCUCAAGCUGGCCCUGCUGGCCGGCCUGACCAUCACCGUUUUUGGCUUUGCCUACUCUCAGCUGGCUUUGGAUAUCUAUGGAGGAGCCAUGCUUAGCUCAGGAUCAGGUCCUGUUCUGCUGCGUUCCUAUUGUCUCUAUGUCCUUCUGCUUGCCAUCAAUGGAGUAACUGAGUGUUUCACAUUUGCUGCCAUGAGCAAAGAGCAGGUCGACAGGUAUAAUUUCACAAUGUUGGCCCUGUCAUUUUCGUUCCUGGUAUUGUCCUAUCUCCUGACCCAUUGGUGUGGCAGCGUGGGCUUCAUCUUGGCCAACUGCUUUAACAUGGGCAUUCGGAUCACACAGAGCCUUUGCUUCAUCCACCGCUACUACCGUGAGAGCCCCCAUAGGCCCCUGGCCGGCCUGCAGCUGUCGCCUGUCCUCCUGGGAGCAUUUGCCCUCAGUGGUGGGAUUACUGGUAUUUCAGAGGUGUUCCUCUGCUGUGAGCAGGGCUGGCUGGCCAGGCUGGUGCACGUGGCUGUGGGGGCCUUCUGUUUGGGAGCGACUCUCGGGACAGUGUUCCUCACGGAGACCAAGCUAAUCCACUUUCUUAGGACUCAGUUAGGUGUGUCCAGACUUACUGGCAAAAUGACGUGACCUGAGGGAUUCACUGAUGCCUGUACACCUGGACUAGCCAUGGGCAGAACACAUUUCCUGGGCAGAAGAGCCCUGCAGAGGAGUGAGACCAACCCCGGCAGGUGCGACGUUGGAGAGAGCCACUGGGCCAGACAUUGCUGUCCAUUUGCAUCUCUGUCAGGAAGGGAGACUUCCAUUUUUAGGGGAAGACCAAAGGCUCUUUUAAAAUAGAUAGUUAUUUUUUUCACCAUUUUGGUCUAAUCGGUGUUUUCCCUUUUGAUUAAUAUAGUAAUUCCUUUGGGUGUGGUUGACCUUAGGAGCUGCAUACUCCAACAAACUACCUCGGAUGUUAAUAGUUAAUCAUGUGGUACAAAAAAAAAAAAAAAAGGAGAUGCAGCCAUCUUCCCCUUCAGAGGAAUAUUUGACUAAUGCUGUGAAAGGAGGAGGGAAAGCUGAUGUUAGGCACCAAAUAAGAAUGAGGGUGCUCCUGGAGUUGUGGCUUUUCCCAUGGCAGCCCUGUGGUCUGGGUUUUUAGAGAAAGAAAAAUGUUAAUAGAAACCCAAGAAAUGAAAACAUGGUCUUUCAGAUCACGUUUCCCCAAGUCAAUGAGGUGGAGUCGCAUGUCAUCUUCGCUGCUGUGUCCCCUGGGCUGGCACAUGCCUUCCCAGAGCAGGCACAGGCUGGCUCAAGACCCCUGGCCCGACCACCUGAAAGAGGGAGUUUGGAAGGAAACUGUGAUCCGUGUGACCUACCUUUUCCGCUCAAGGAAAUGUUACUUUGCAGUGGGCUGAGACUUCCCAUGUGGACAUGGUACAGAUGCCAGCUAAAGUUGAAUAGAUGCAUCUUUUUUUCAUCAAAAUAAAAUAAAUUCUAAUAUGUGUGUGGCAAGUAUCACAAGGCCCUCCCACUGACCCAUUACUUCCAGCACUGGUCAGUCCACCUGAAUUCCAGCCCUAGGACAAGAGCGGCAGGCUGUGGGUCUGGUUCUCCAGGACACAAUGGGAGUCCGGGCUUAAAGCUCACCUCUCUACACCCUGUAACCCAACAGGUGAGAUCACCAAGCUUUGUUCUCAGGCAGCAAAACAUCUUCCUUUCAUUAAUGCAGUAAAUUUUUUUUGCAUGUGAUUGACCUUUGGAAUCUAUGUCUCUUAGGCAGGGUUCUGGGAUCAGCUUUUUUGGCAAACUGAGGUUGGCACACGUAUGUCCUCAUCAGCCAUGCACCUAUGCACGGUGUCUGUUCUCUGUCCCAGGAAGAGAGCUGCUGUUGCCUGGGCAGCAUCGCCGACUUGCUCCUCAGUCAGCUGCAGAACCAGUAAGGUUUCUGCUCUGCCCUUCAGCAUGGCAGCAUGUGCUUGCUCUCUCAUUGCUCAUCCCAUGCAGUCUGCCUUCACCCGGAAAGGGUUUUUGGAGGGAAUCACAUUUUGGCCUGUGAGUGCCACCUAAGAUAUAGUGAGGUUACUUCUCCAUGGAAACAAAUCACUAAAGCAUAUCCUUUUAUGAAAUGAAGAAGUCUUUGGUGGUGAAAAUAACAGUAUUUUUUUCUGUGCUGUUUUCGCCACACAGAUCUGCCUGUCAGAUCCCUCCGGAAGGGGAUACUAUGCUGCUGAGCCGCUCUGCCCUUACUCAGAGGGGAGGGCUCGAGGAGCUGUGUCUCUGCCCCACUCCCGGCCACUUCCCGGCCUCGCUCCAGCAGAACACUUUCUCCUGCCUUUUUUCUUGCCUCAUGCAGUCAUGUUGCCAAACACAUGCCAAUAUCCUGAUUUUAAAAUCAGUAAUUAUUUUCUUGUAUCUUCAGCUCUUCAUACCCCCUGUCUUUCCAAAAAGGAAAGCAUUUUUUUCUUAAAUUUCAAAAGGAAGGUAGGCAAGUAGCUCUGAGUAUGUGAGCCAUUUCUGUUUCCUGCCAGAGCACUUGUCCUGCACUGACUGUUGUGACUGGACGGAGGUUCCCGACAGAGGGUGGUGUCCUGGCCUCUGUGACAGACGCCAUGUCUGGGACUGAAAGGCCUGGCCAUGCAUUCACUGCUCUCCCCUUCCCACCGGAAGCAGAGUUUCCCAUUGUUUGUUGCCCUUUUCUCUCCUGUCUGCUCCGUCUGCUGGGCCCUGUCUUGGUCAUGCUGUUAAAUGGAGCAUCCAUUCUUCCGUGGCUCAGGACUGACCCUACCUUACAAAAGCAUGGCCACGUAUGUCAUUGUAGGCAGUGUGACCUUUAGGGAACCCAGGGUAUCCCCAUGCCCAUAUAUCUUUCUUAAUCAGUGUUUGAAUUUCUUUCCUGAGAUCAAAGGCUGUUAUUCCAUAAUUAGAGAGGAGACUAGAAAUU